GUGUUGACCAGGAACUGUUGUUCCUUGUAUGGGUGACGUGGAGAGUAUCCACUUUGUCGAAUAUCCUUGCAUGCAGAAAUUUUCUGUAAGGAAUGAUUGUCAUUUUACGAACAGACGUGGUUUAAUGAACUGCUAUCCUCUUUGAACACAAUUUCAAGGAUAUAGCGACCUUUGUGAUACGAUAAGAUAGAGAGACAGCAUACAUUGGCAAGGAGCUAGCCAUUUGGCUAACGUCAUCUUGUCAGCAGAACUUCAUUUUGCAUCCAGGGACCAGUGGUCAGUUCUGCAUGAAGAUUGAAAUCGCUUUGUAGUCAUGGCAAGUCCAGAUGACUUAAAAUUCACAGAGUUCGAGGAGGCCGAGGACCUCCUGUCAGCAGACCCCGGGGCCUCUACCCUCAGCGUGUCCUCCGCGGGGGUCACAACAGCGGCGGCUCAGGACAUUAAAGUCGACCUGUCCGAGGAUGAGGAGAACCAGGAGGAAAACUCCGGGCUGUUGGGUGGAGAAAAGCAGCAAACUGGGGGGUUUUGGACAUUUGAAUACUACCAGUCCUUCUUCGAUAUAGACACAAUGCAGGUCCUUGACAGGAUUAAGGGUUCCAUGAUGCCGCUGCCCGGCAGAAACUUCAUCAGGCACCACGUCCGAAAUAAUCCUGAUUUAUACGGCCCAUUCUGGAUCUGCGUGACACUGGUGUUCUCGGUGGCCAUCAGUGGGAACCUGUCCACCUUCCUGAGUCAGCAGGGGGACCCUCGCUAUCACUACAGACCCCAGUUCCACAGAGUGACAAUAGCUGCGAUUGUGGUGUUCAUGUACGCGUGGCUGGUGCCGCUGGGCGUCUGGGGUUUCCUGACCUGGAGGAAGGGCCAGACCGAGCGUCAGACCAGCGGCUAUUCCUUCCUGGAGACGGUGUGCGUGUACGGAUACUCCCUCUUCGUCUUCAUUCCUACCUCGGUAUUAUGGAGCAUACCGUUCCUGUGGGUACAGUGGACUCUUAUUGUGAUUGCCAUGGUGAUCUCAGGCUCAGUGCUCGUCCUGACGUUUUGGCCCGUCGUCCGUGACGACACCAAGAUGACCGCUUUUGCCAUAGUGGCAAGCAUCGUGGUGCUACAUGCACUGCUGGCUAUCGGUUGCAAGCUCUACUUCUUCGAGACUGCUCAGGAGGUCCACCACGUGCCCACUGCUGCUCCGAACCUCAACACCAGCGUAGGUGGCAAAGUGACUGGAUAAGCGUUUGGGUGAAUGGAUGCUGACUGGGAGGGUGCUGUCUUGAGGACUGAAGGGGUAGUGAUUUACUUAAUUUGUAUUGGGGCAGGGAAGUAAAAUAACAAAAAUCUUUAUUUUUGCACUUGGGCAGGAGAGAAAGCCAAGAGAUGUUGGAUGUGUGAAAUCAAGUAAAAAUGUGAAUGUCAAGUCAGAAUCUUGGGACUAUUUAAGGAACCCUUACCAUUUGAGUUGGCGUGGUUUAUAUUCAUUGCAAAUUUUUUAUCCACCUCCCCUCAGUUGAUUUAUAUAAUUUUGGAGCUAGCACACACUAUUCCUAUUUAUUUAUAUGUUCUUGUCUUGCUUUUUACUUUCCUGUUUUGCCUUCGGGGCUUCCCCUGGUGUGUAAAUAAACGGUCAUUCCACUUAA